GAAACUGAUGAGAAAGUGUACAGUCGGAUCGCGUUCAUCUACGAUGCAACGGUCAUUGCUGGGUUUAUUGGUGACAGUGACUGCUGUUGCAGCUGCUGGAUUAUACGGUGGUCUGAAUGUUGACAGGAAUUCGGCGGGAAUCCAAGGGGGAAUUGUCUUCCCGAAAAUUCCUGGACUAAACAGUCCGCUGUUUGGUGGCAAUGUCUCCCCAUCAAGUCAACCUCCUAGACAACAAGAUCAGCAAAACUCAUCCGGCUUUUUCGGUUUUGGUCCCUCCGGAAUAUUCGGAUUCCGCCCAAGACAGUCACCAGGAAGUUCACAACGGCAGGAAGGAAAUCCUUUCUCAUUGAAUUUGCCAAACAUCGAGAGCUUCAUCCCUCAGAUUCCAUUCAAUCUCAAUACCACAGAUCUUGAAGUCCCCCAAAUUUCACUUCCUUUUGUGCCACCCAUCCCAGGCCUUCGCGAUGCUAUUCAAUUAGCUCGAGAUCAUCUCAAUAUCACCCUGGGUAUUGGCAAUGACCUGGUUGAUGGCAUUCAACUAGCCAUCGAGGAAGCACUCAACAGUGAUGAUCCCACUGAUGCUAUUCGCACACUCGUCACAACAAUUUUAAAUGCUUACCUCGAUGUGGCACGCAACUGUCCGGCAAUCAUCAUUGGAUUUCGCGUGCUGCAAGAGGGCAUCCGCCUAGCUGGCGAGGUUACAAAAUCAGUGCGAAAUGUCCUUGUUGGCCGAGAUAGUACGUAAGUGACGAAAUAUUGUCGGUUAAACAUAUGAAAUCGAUGGAAAUCGAGCUGUAAUGAAUAUCAGUUAAAAUUUUUAGUGUGAUCAGUCAAAAAAUGUCAUUAAUGCUUGUCCUAAUGCCUCAAAUCAUCAUUAUUCCUUUCUUCCAACACCUGAUACUAAUGAAAUAACAAAAAAUUAUCAGAAAUUCCAGACGCUUGCAGCCAAAUUAAUAUGAUCAUAAACUGUUCAUAGAGAACAAUUGCAGAAAAAUUACUUUUAACUUAACAAAAAGUAUUAUUUUUAACUUUAAACUUUUUGGGAGUUCAUUUAGAACUUCAGUAUUAGUUCUGUAAUCAAUUCGCGACGUUAGAUAUUUAUAAUAUUAUUUGAUCGUUGUAACUAUUAAAUAUUCGGAAUAAAAUUAUCUGCAGUGAUAAAUAAUUAACCAAGGGCGGCCUCCAUUAGGAAGCACCUGAAUUAUUAAUAAAUAAUCAGAACUUGACACAAAUUGCACAGAGAAUGAGAAGCUACUUAUGUAUUCAAGUGUUCGGUGAAUAAAGAGAAGGAAUCCUCUUUCCGGGUGGUCCUGAUCUCAUAAUA